UUAAUGGCACUGGCUAGCCAAUUAUAUCAUAGAAAUCAUUAUUCGUUUGUAUGGUAGAAAGAGGUGAUCACAACUGAAUGGAGGAGAGUAGACAGAGUAUCAAAUGGUUUAUCUCAUAGAAAUUAUUGGUCGACUUGGUGAGCCAUCGAAGACUCAUUUUAUUCCACAUUCCUAGUUCUACUCAAUCCACUUAAUUUCAUAUUUCUCUCAAAACACCAUUAUCUUCAUUUCUUCAUUGUUUUCCAUCUGCUUGAUAAUUUUUAUAAUGGCCGCGGAACAAAUUCUUGUUAACGGGGUCACUGAAAUCAUUAAAAAGAUAUUACCUGUUAUUACUGAGCAAAUUACCCUGGCAUGGGGUGUAAAAGACAACUUAAGAAAGCUCAGGGAUACCUUGGAGUCAGCUCAAGCUCUAAUUACUUCUGCAGAGGAAAAACAAGUUAAUGAUCCUAUUGUCGGGCUUUGGUUGAGAAGGCUUAAAGAUGUUGUUUAUGAUGCAGAUGACGUUAUGGAUGAGUUCGCUUACGAAACCAUGCGUCGUCAUGCAAUGGAAGCCAACUUAAACACAGAUUGCGAUCUCUUGUUUCAUCCUCCAACCCACUUUUAUUUCAAUUUAAGAUGGCUCGUAGUGUUCGAGAUAUCAAUUCAAAGUUAGAUGAAAUCCACAAGAACAGUAAAACGUAUCAGUUUCAAAAUACUAAUAUUAUCAAAGACAAUCCAACUAGGGUUUUUCAAAGUAACCGACUAACCUCAUCCGUUGUAGAUGAUUCAAAACUUCUAGGGAGGGAGGGUAUGGGGGGACUGGGUAAGACCACAUUAGCUCAAAUGGUCUACAAAGAUGACUCCAUAGUGAGAAAUUUUGAGCCAAGAGCUUGGGUCUGUGUCUCUGAUACUACUUUUGAUACCUAUAAAAGAUAUCAUAGAGUCCAUCACUGGAACAAAAUGCGAUGAUCCAUCAAAUGUCGACGUACUGGCAAAGCAAGUUCAGAAAAAAGUGAUGGGUAAGAAAUAUCUACUAGUACUCGACGAUAUGUGGAAUGUGGAUACCGAAAAUUGGAAUACACUGAAAGAUGUGCUUAUUUGUGGCGCCUUGGGAAGCAAAAUAUUAAUCACUACACGCAACCAAAAAGUUGCAUCUGUUGUCGGGGGCCGUAUUCACAAACUGGAAAAAUUAUCGGACGAUGCUUGUUGGUCCAUUAUUGAGAAAAAAUUACUGUCCCAAGUUGGAGCAGUAUUGACUCCAGAAAUGACAAGUAGUGGCAAGUAUAUAGCGGAAAAAUGUGAUGGAUUACCCCUUGCGGCAAACUCACUUGGAAGUUUAAUGUGCUCCAGAAGAGACGAAAGCUAUUGGCUGUCAAUCGUAAACAACAUCAGCCGUUUGCAAGAUUUCUUCGGCAUGGGGUGUCAAGGACGAUUUAAGGAAGCUCAAGGAUACCCUGGAGUCAAUUCAAACUCUGAUUUCUGAUGCGGAGAUGAAACAAGUUAAUGAUGCUGCUGUGGGACUUUGGUUGAGAAGGCUUAAAGAUGUUGUUUACGAUGCUGACGACGUUAUCGAUGAGUUCGCUUAUGAAACCAUGCGUCGUGAUGCAGUGGGAGGCCACUUUAAACAGAAAGUACGAGCUCUUGUUUCAUCUUCCAAUCCACUUGUAUUUCAUUUUAAGAUGGCCCGUAACAUUCGAGCCAUCAAUGAAAGGUUAGAUCAAAUCAACAAAGACAGUAAAAUGUAUAAGUUGCAAAAUACUAGUAUUACCCAAGACAACCUGACUAUGGUUUUGCGAAGUAACAGAUUAACCACAUCCGUUGGUGGUGCUGAUUCAAUAUUUUUAGGGAGGGAGGCUGCAAAAUCAGACAUAAUAAAGAUAUUAAUUAACAAGUCAUCGCCAUUAUCGCCAUCAUCAUCUGGUAUUUCUUCUCAACUAGAGAAUGUAUCCACUUUAUCCACCGUGGGCAUGGGUGGACUGGGUAAAACUAAUUAUUAGUCCCACAUUGUCUGGGUUUCUAAGAUCCUGCGAUUUAUAAUCCUUUGGGCCUCUCCACUCAUUGCCAAUUGGUUUUGAGUUGGAUGCCCGCAGACUUUAAUACUACAGUAGCCCAAAUGGUCUGCAAUGAUGACUCCGUAGGAGCUUGGGUUUGUGUCUCUGAUCCUUUUGAUACCUUUGAGAUUUUAAGAGGUAUCAUCGAAUCGAUUAAGAAAGAAAAUUGUGUAAAACCAUCAAAUGUUGACGUACUGGCGAACCAAGUCAAGGAAAUAUUGAUUAGGAAGAAGUAUUUGCUCGUGCUCGACGAUUUGUGGAACGAGGAUACCGAAGAUUGGGGGAAAUUGAAACGUUUCAUUGACUGUGGCGGGUUGGGUAGCAAAAUAUUGGUCACUACACGCAGCCAAAGGGUUGCAUCUGCUGUUGGAAGUUCAGUUUACAAUUUGAAAAAAUUAUCAGAUGAAGUUUGCUGGUCCUUUAUCGAGAAGAAAUUGUCGUCCCAAGGCGGAGCAGUAUUGACUCCAGAAAUGACAAGUAUUGGCAAGGAAAUAGCGGAAAAAUGUGAUGGCUUACCCCUUGCGGCGAACUCACUUGGAAGUUUAAUGUGCUCGAGAAGAGAUGAAAGCUAUUGGCUGUCAAUAGUAAACGACAUCAAUCGUUUGCGAGGUACAUCUGAACAUAAAAAAGUCAUUUCAAUAUUGAAGUUGAGCUAUGAUAAUUUGCCUUCUCCAUUGAAACAAUGUUUUUCAUACUGCUGUAUUUUUCCGAAAGACUGGAAAAUAAAUAGAGAAAUGCUAAUUCGUUUAUGGAUGGCGGAAGGAUUCCUUUUGCCAUCAGUUGGAGGAGAAAAUAUAUCUCUUGAAGAGAUAGGAAAUGAAUAUUUUGAGCAUCUAGUCUGGAGUUCGUUUUUUCAAGAUGUGCAGGAAAGUGUAAUAUCGGGGGACAGUGUUGUAACCUGUAAGAUGCAUGAUUUGGUGCAUGAUCUUGCACUGAGCGUCCUAGAUUGUAAUGAAUUUGGAAUUACAAAGGUAAAAGAUGGGAAGGAACAAGUUUCAGAUGUUCGUCGUUUACAGCUGCAAUUUGAUGGAGGACGAAGAAUGACAUCUCCAAAUGUGUUAUUGAAUGCGAUGAAGUUGCGAACUAUUAUUGCUGUUCAACCAGAAAAUUUUUCACAUGUUAAUUCUUUCUUUCGUCAUAAGUGUUUACGAAUAUUAUGUCCGCUAGGUUACUGGGUUGGAUGCUCACUCUCUCGUGGAUUCGAUCGCCAAAUAUGUUCUGCUUCUCCGAUUUCUAAGCUGAAGCAUCUAAGGUACCUUGACCUCUCAUUCAUUGAUUUAUCUCGUGAGGUGUCUUUAAGUCAUUCUUACAAUCUGCAAACACUCAUACUGGUUGGAUGUGAAAACGUUCCCAGCCGGUUUGUUAGUAAAAUUGGGUCAUUGAAGAGUUUGAGGCAUCUUGAUAUCUCGUACUCGGAUAUUAAAUUUAUACCCGAAAAUAUCGGUUCCUUAGAACAUCUAAGUUGCCUUGAUGUUUCAAAUACACAAAUCUCAAAACUACCAGAUUCAAUCACUCGUAUCAGCAGUUUAAAGAUUUUGAAGUUUGAUUAUUGUUAUUAUUUAGAUGCCUUACCUAUAGAGCUAGGAGCACUGACCGGAUUAAGGCGUCUUAAUUUGAUUGAUACUAAUAUCCAAGAAUUGCCCGAAUCAUGCAUUACGAACCUUUGCAAUUUGGAGAUCGUGAGACUUGGUUGGGAGUGUGAGCUUCCCAAAGAAAUUAAGAAUUGGCCGAAAUUGAGAAUUUUUACACUCUAGAGAAAAUUAUGCAAUGCCAAGAGGUAUAGAAAAUCUCACCAGCCUUGAAGAAUUAGAUUACGUGGCCAGUAAUGGAAGUGGUAUUGAAGAGUUGGGAGGCUUAAACUCCCUUAAAGAGUUGGGUAUAAGAAAUCUGGAUAAUGUCAAAGGUGGAAAACAAGGCGCGAAGUUAAAUGACAAGCAACACCUUCGAGUACUGAAUCUGCAUUGGGGUUCCACUGGAAAUGACGAUCAUGAAGUGCGAAAUAGAAGAAUUGUGAAUGACGCUGCGGUGUUUGAGGGUCUCCAGCCUCACUCAAAUUUGAAGAGGUUGAGGCUAGAAGGAUUCUCAGGUUUCAAUUAUCCAAAGUGGAUGAUGGGUUAUUCCAAAUUGACAAACUGCCUUCCGAAUUUGGUGGAAUUAAAUUUAAUAAAUUGUGAUCAGCUUCCUGCGCUGGGUAUGCUCCCAUUUCUUAGGGUUCUUGAGAUUCGGAAAAUGAAAUCAAUAAGUGUCUGGGAGAAGAAUUUUAUUAUCAACAAGAAAACCAAGACGAAGAAGAAGAAAGCAUUAGUAGUACAAAGAUAUCAUCAUCAUUAUUCCCUUCGUUACUUGAAUUGGAGAUUGAAUUGGAAAACUUAGAAGAAUGGGUUGCUCCUCCUCUUUCUUCUACUACUUCUUGUUUCCCUUCACUUGAGAGUCUGAUGAUGAUUGACUGUAAAAGAUUGAGAACCGCACCGAUAACUUGUUUUUCUUCUCUCAAGACAUUGGAAUUAUGGCGUACCGAUGAUAAUGUAGUAAACUCGUUCUUCAAUAGAGGAGGUGGUCUGACCUCUCUCACAGAGAUUCACAUACGGGAAUCUCCAGAUCUAAUAUAUCUACCACCACUAGGCGUACUACUCCAACACAAUACUCCGAAUCUUCAACUCCUAGAUAUUAGAUCCUGCUCAAGUUUUCAAGGUUUUCGUGAUGAGGAUCUAAAAAACAACAACAACAACAACAACAAUUCUCUUCGCUCGUUGCGCUUAAUCAAUUGCCCUGUUUUAACGUCUCUACCGGAUUUACGAUUAUUCACUUGUAUUCAGUCAUUGAAGUUGGAAUAUUGUCCUGGUUUGACGUCUCUACCAGAUUUACGAUUAUGUACGUCUCUCCGGGAAUUGACCAUCUACAAAUGCGAUAAACUGAAUAAGAAGUCGAUACCUUAUGAUCUUAAGAAGUCCCUGACGUUUCUUGAAGAUCUGAGAGUUGAUUUCAUUCAAAGAGAUGAGGGUGGUCCGGAUGCAUCUUAUGAAGAAGAAUUAAUUAAUUUGAUGGAGAAGAAGAAGAAAAUCUGCUUGCUAUAAUUCAUCUCCCCAACAGGUUAGAUCAAAAUCGGAGUUACUUAUUCAACUACAUUUUUGUAGCUAGGUUGAUGACAGAGGAGUCGCGAUGAGCAACCAGGCAUGCACUACUGACAAGCUCUUAAAAUUCUCCCAACAGUGAAUAUUGUAGUGGCAAGUAAGGAUUGGGCAUGUACUUCCUUUCGAAAACAUUUUUCUAUUAAAACUGAUUCUUUUUUCUUUUAAGCAUAUUAAAACUGAAUGUUCAAUUUCCUCUUGUCCGUAAUUUCUUCUAGUAAUUGUUUCGAUUGUUUCA